AUGGCCGCGAAAAUUAUUGAUGGAUAUCUGAGGCAAAAAGAGUUUAUAGUUAUUAAUGUGAAUAAACCCAGAUCUGAGUCUUUCUCACUUCGAUGGGACAGUCCUCUUGAUCUAGAAAAGGAAAUCGAGGCAUUAAAAAGCGUAAUUUCAGAUAUGCAAGACAUUUUUCAGCUUGGUUGGGAUGUACCUAUCUGUCAAGUUGAUGAAUAG